AUGGUUAAAAUAGCAGCUGCACCAAUCCCUCCAAAGACAUAUUUGAAACUACCUUUAGAACCGCCUUUCUUUUCCGAGGAUGUCGAAUGGUUUGAGGGAGAGGCAGUUACACAACCUAUUUCAUCACCUCCCAUAUUUACGGAUAACUCUACCUGCUCGACACCUUUGAUUCAUCUUCUUCAAUUUGGCACCUCGAGCCGAAGUUGGAGUUUAGUUUACUUUUUAAACAUGAUCGCUAUUGUAGGAAUUGGUUCAAAGAACUUGAUACCAGUCCCUGUAGACGAUGCAGCACGCAUGGAUAUAGAUCAACUUAAAGAGUCGCUCAAAGAAUGUGUUGAAAAAAGACAGGCUGUCUACGCUGUGGUGGCGAUAUUGGGAUCAACAGAACAUGGUGCUUGUGACCCGUUGGGGGAUUGUAACGAAGCUUGGAAUGAAUUGUAUAGGUUUGGUUUGAUUAAUAUUAAUGGAGUUUACUCCUUGAACAUAGAAAUUGAUAGAAUUUUUCCAAUCCGAGUAAUAAACAUCAAAACUCGUAAAUUAAAUUUCACUCUUAGAACCACAGUUCUUUAA